AUGUUCAUCUUAUGGGAUGAAAGAAGCAAGGUAAACGUAAGUAUCUUGGGGCUUCUUUCUAGCUGGUUACGGGGUUCAGCUCUGCUUCUGCCAUGGGCUGCCAUCGGCCUCUUCCACAAUAGUCACAGUGAAGCUUAUAAUGCUGACGAUGUCAAGGUUACAUAUGCCUUAUUCUACUGUACAGCCGUGCUGGAGUUUUUCAGUAUUUCUUUGAUGAGAGAAAGUAUUGCAAAGGGUCAAGUGAAAUUCAAUUUGGAAUCUCUGCUUGCUGGCCUUAUUGGUAGCCUACUAAGUGCUCCGAGUAAUGAGGUACUGGAAACUAGCUUUGUAGGCCAAUAUACACUGGUAGGAUUCUUUGCUCGCAACAAAAGGCACAUCAAGAAGAUGUGCAUCGUGAACUUCUUCAAUUGCAAAGACUUUCUUGACCAACAUUGGUCCAUGAAGCCCUGCAACACAUCUUUUGCCAUUACAGAAUUGGUUCUUAAGUAUGUGAAGAACGGGUGGGAAGAUCAAAUGAAGGAUGUUGACAGUUAUUGGAAGUUCAAUGACCGCAGAGGCCUAUGGACACUUCAGGCCAACAAGUGCGAGCAAGACCUCGGUUGCAGCAUGAGGAGGCCAUUCGACGAGAGCAUCCUUCUCUGGCACAUCGCCACAGAUUUCUGCUUCUACUUCAUGGGAGCAUCAGCAGAUCACCGGUGUGCCACUGCUCAAUGUAUUCAAGAUGCAUCUGGUGAUGGCCAUGGGUGUCCUGUUUGGUGUGAAAGAUCUCCUCAUCACAAAAGAGCCAUCCGGUGCAGGGAAAUGUCCAAUUACAUGAUAUAUCUACUGUUUGUCAAUCCUGAGAUGCUACUGGCCGGCACCAGAAGACAUCUUUUUAUGACCGCUAAUGCUGAAGUUGAGGAGAUCCUCAUGGAUGAGAAGCCAUCGCUCAAGAAGAUUUUAAAGGCCAAAAGUCCAUGGCUCAUGGACAUCCUAAAAAGAGAAAAGCAAUGGCUUAAAGACAUCCUGACGGAAGAAAAGCAACGGCUGAAAGACAUUUUCAGUAGCGAAGAUUCACUUCCAUGGAAGAUGUGGGGAGUUAUUCAAGGCGUGUGGGUGGAGAUGCUCUGCUUCUCUGCAAGUAGAGGCCGUGGGUACCUACAUGCCAAGAGUUUGGGCACCGGUGAGGAGCUUCUCACGCAUGUGUGGCUCCUGCUGUCCUGCAUGGGGAUGGAGACCUUGCCGGAGAGGCUGCAGAGGACGGACCUUUCAAGUGGAGAAGGAAACGCCGGUGCUACUCCGUCGACUUCACAGAUAUUAUAA